AUGAAAGUGACCGUGUGCUUCGGCAGGACCGGCAUCGUGGUGCCCUGCAAGGAGGGCCAGCUGCGCGUCCGGGAGCUCACGCAGCAGGCGCUGCAGCGGUACCUGAAGACCCGGGAGAAGGAUCCUGGGUACUGGGUGAAGAUUCAUCACUUAGAAUACACAGAUGGAGGAAUCCUGGAUCCAGAUGAUGUCUUGGCAGAUGUCGUUGAAGACAAAGAUAAGCUGAUUGCUGUGUUUGACGAACAAGAACCACUCCACAAGAUUGAGAGCCCCAGUGGAAACCCGGCAGGCCGGCAGAGCCCAGAUGCUUUUGAGACGGAAGUGGCUGCCCAGCUGGCUGUGUUUAAACCAGUUGGUGGGGAAAUUGAAGUAACCCCUUCUGCUCUGAAAUUAGGCACUCCGCUGCUGGUGAGGAGAAGCAGUGACCCAGCGCCAAGCCCACCUGCUGAUGCCCAGCCAAGCGCUUCACACCCCAGUGGCCAGAGUCUGAAACCUGUUAUUCCAAAUUCCACACAGGACUUAGAAGAUGGAGAAGUUAUGAAUGGUGUGCAGACAGAACUCCUGACAUCGCCGAAAACUAUGGAUGCAUUGAGUAAUAUGACAAGAACAGUGGAGAUUUCUGGGGAAGGAGGCCCCUUGGGAAUACAUGUAGUACCUUUCUUUUCAUCUCUGAGUGGAAGGAUUCUAGGGCUCUUCAUCCGCGGCAUUGAAGAAAACAGCAGGUCCAAGCGGGAAGGACUGUUUCACGAAAAUGAAUGUAUUGUAAAAAUCAACAGCGUGGACCUCGUAGACAAAACCUUUGCUCAGGCUCAGGACGUCUUCCGUCAGGCAAUGAAAUCUCCAAGUGUGCUGCUCCGUGUGCUUCCACCUCAAAACCGGGAACAGUAUGAAAAAUCAGUCAUUGGACCUCUUAACAUUUUUGGUAACAAUGAUGGCGUUUUGAGAACAAAGGUGCCACCUCCUGUCCAUGGAAAAUCAGGAAUAAAGACAGUAAAUCUCACAGGAACAAGCAGUCCUGAAGAAGAUGCAUCAGCUUCCCUGCAGCAAAGCAAGAGCCCCCGAGUACCAAGACUAGGUAGAAAGCCAUCCUCUCCCUCCCUGUCUCCGCUCAUGGGGUUUGGCAGCAAGAAAAAUGCAAAGAAAAUUAAGAUUGACCUAAAGAAAGGACCUGAAGGACUUGGUUUCACUGUGGUUACCAGAGAUUCUUCCAUACAUGGUCCUGGUCCCAUUUUUGUAAAAAACAUUUUACCAAAGGGAGCAGCAAUAAAAGAUGGCCGCCUACAAUCCGGGGACAGAAUUUUGGAGGUAAAUGGCAGAGAUGUCACUGGACGAACUCAGGAAGAGCUCGUGGCCAUGCUGAGGAGCACCAAGCAGGGAGAGACUGCAUCACUGGUCAUCGCCCGCCAGGAAGGAACUUUUCUGCCCCGAGAGCUGAAAGGAGAACGUGACUGCUAUGCACUCUCCCUGGAAACAACUGAGCAACUCACCUUCGAGAUCCCCCUGAAUGAUUCUGGUUCUGCUGGUCUUGGGGUGAGCUUGAAGGGGAACAAAUCUCGAGAAACUGGAACAGACUUGGGGAUUUUUAUCAAAUCCAUCAUCCACGGAGGCGCUGCUUUUAAGGAUGGUCGUCUGCAGGUGAAUGACCAGCUGAUUGCAGUUAACGGAGAAUCUCUUCUGGGAAAGUCCAACCAUGAAGCUAUGGAAACACUUAGGCGAUCAAUGUCCAUGGAAGGAAACAUACGAGGGAUGAUCCAGUUGGUGAUUCUGAGGAGGCCAGGGAGACCACUGGAGGAGCCUGCAGAGUGUGGGGCAUUUUCUAAGCCGUGCUUUGAGAACUGUCAAAAUGCUGUAACCACCUCCAGGAGAAAUGAUAAUAGUACAUUGCAUCCAUUUGGCACCUACAGCCCGCAAAGCAAACAGAAAGAGCUGUUGCUUCCCAAUGACGGAUGGGCUGAGAGCGGAGGACCUUCUCCUCCUCCACCGCAUCCAGUUCUGGAAUUGGGCCUUGAAGAUUACAGCCACAGCUCUGGGGUGGAUUCAGCAGUAUUUUUUCCGGAUCAGCGCCUCAACUUUAGAUCUGUGACACCAGACGGGCAGCCUGAAUCAAUGAAUCUGAAAGCCUCAAAGAGCAUGGACCUUGUGCCAGAUGAAAGCAAAGUCCAUUCAUUGGCUGGACACAAAUCGGACUCUCCAAGCAAAGAUUUCGGUCCAACUCUGGGUUUGAAAAAGUCCAGCUCCUUGGAGAGCCUGCAGACUGCAGUUGCCGAGGUCAGGAAGAACGAACUUCCCUUCCACCGGCCCCGGCCGCACGUGGUCCGUGGCCGAGGCUGCAACGAGAGCUUCCGAGCAGCCAUUGACAAAUCUUACGAUGGACCCGAAGAAUUAGAAGCUGAUGGUCUGUCUGAUAAGAGCUCUCACUCUGGCCAAGGAGCUCUGAAUUAUGAAUCUGCCCCUCAGGGGAACUCUGAGCUAGAGAAUGCAGAAAAUAAAGCCAGGAAAGUCAAAAAAACCAAAGAAAAGGAGAAGAAGAAGGAAAAGGGCAAAUUGAAAGUCAAGGAGAAAAAGCAGAAAGAGGGAAAUGAAGAUCCAGAAAGGAAAAUAAAGAGGAAGGGAUUUGGUGCCAUGCUGAGAUUUGGAAAGAAGAAAGAUGAUAAGGGAGGAAAGGCUGAGCAGAAAGGUCCUCUGAAGCAUGGUGGCCUGAGAGAAGAGGAGCUGGAAAAAAUGAAAGAAGAACGUGAGAGGAUUGGGGCAAAACAUCAGGAGCUAAGGGAAAAGCAAGCAAGAGGUCUUAUUGAUUAUGCUGCUGGUGCAAUUGGAUCACUGCAUGAUAUGGACGAUGAUGAAAUGGACCCCAACUAUGCCAGAGUAAACCACUUCCGGGAACCAUGUGCAUCAGCAAAUGUCUACAGGUCUCCAUCUCCCCCUCGGACUGGACCACUGGGGUACCCUCGGGAUGGCCGUCCACUGUCUCCAGAGAGAGACCACUUAGAGGGUCUCUAUGCCAAGGUCAUCAAGCCAUACCAUCCACCAGUGCCAGUUGACAGUGGCCGUCCCAUGAGCGGAAGCACUGACCGCAUCCAGAAGUUGCGGAAGGAGUAUUAUCAGGCUCGGAGGGAAGCUUUCGCUUUAUAUGAGGACAAUGAAGGAAGAGCAAGACCUGACUAUGACCUUCACUGGGUGUCUGGAAAGGGUCCAGAUGGGAAUGCACACAACCUCCGCUUUGAGGGGAUGGAGAGACAGUACGCCUCCUUACCCAGGGGAGGACAAGCGGAUCCUGUAGACUAUCUGACAGCAGCACCUCGAGGGCUCUACAAGGAGAGGGAGCUUCCGUAUUACCCAGGGGUUCAUCCUGUGCAUCCGCCCAAAGGGAGCUACCCCCGCCCCCCAGAUCUGAGGAUCACAGAUCUCCGGUAUCCCCAGUACUAUCCGCCCCCGCCAGCCCCCCAGCACAAAGGACCCUUCCGACAAGAUGUCCCACCUUCCCCUCCUCAGCACCACAGAGUACCAGCCUACCCAGAAAUGGGCAGACCAGUGCCCCGAGGGGGCAGCCCAGAUCGGUACCCCUAUCGAAUGCAGGAUCCCCGGCAGAAGAACCCCAUGACCGCAGCCGUGUAGCUGAACGCCACCAAGCUCAGCCCAGCCCAGAAAGGAAGACAUCCAACAUCACCUUUGUUCUUCCUACACCUUAAGGCCUUCUUCCUGUUAAGAAUUCUCCAUGGUACAGAUUAGGUUUUUCUCACUGAGGCUGCAACACAUGACUGCUAAUCAGAGAGAAAGAAGGGGACAGGAGUUUGGGCAGGGAAAUCGGAAGGAAGAGGAAGGAUGGGGCCAUGAAAAAAAUACUGCCUGAAAUACUUUUAGACUUGUUCAGGUCACUGAGAGUGGCAAUUGAACAGGCAAAUAACAAUGGAGAUCUACAACAUGGUGCCUCCCUGGAGCACAGACAUGCCCCACAGCACUGGCAUCACGGAGCGCAGACUCUGCCCGGGAUCAUCAUCCAUUCAGAGACUAACCUUCAGCCACCUGAUUAGCGUUGUUAAGCCUGUGAAGAGUGGUUGCCAAUAUGGGUGUCCUAAGUGAGUGGUUUUUACAUUGAAAAAAACAACAGCGGCAAACAUGACGAGUGAUCUCCUUGAAAUGUUUUAUACCUAGAGGAAGGCUGCAUUUCUUUAUUUGUAGAAUUUCUCAGGUUCUCAGUUCCACUCACUUGGUAUAAGCAUGUCACGUUUCCUUGCUUUUAGUAUAAAAGUAAGAUGAUGUGAAUGCAGUAUUGGUGUCCUGGGAGAAUGUACAAAGCUAGUCAGAGCUUCCAGAAGAAAUAGAUGCCUAGCAUCAAGGCAAUCAGGUUAAGAGGCUGACAUUCCUGUGGUCCUCACCUUCUUUCCUCCCACGUUCCAGGCACAACAGCAUGGAGAUAUCUGGUUUCCGAGGCAUCCCAAAAUCUCCUGCCUAUAAUUACUGUAAGUGGGGGGCCUCUAUUUUAAGGCUCCCACUUGAGAGUUAAGAUGUACUCGGGAAAAAGAGGGCCCACUGGUUAGUUUGCACAGGAAGCAGUGCUCUGGAGAUGGCAAUUCCAGACUCAGUGCCAAACAGCGCCAUAUGCACCCGGCGUCAGGGAGGGGCUGACCGUGCUCGUUGGGAACGAUAACCGGCAGGUUGUAGAUGGUGGUGACUGACUCUGUGUGUGCGCGCGCGUGCGUGUGUGUGUGUGUGUGUGUGUGUGUGUGUAUGAAAGUGUGUGAU